UUAAAGUUCCUUCUUUAAAGGUAUUUAAAAAAUAGCUUUCCGAAUCAAAUAAAUAAAAAUCAACAUUGUCCUGAGAUAAAAUAUGCUAAGUUAGUUGCGAUGACUACUCAAUAUAAGAAAUUUACUAGACUAAUAGCUAAGUGGCCCGUUGACACUACCAAAGGCGAAAGAGACCUCGGCAAAUUCAUCAGAGACAAAGUGAAAGCUGCUUUUGAGUCAUCAGAAAGACAGAACUUAGAUUCUGAGCUCUGCAACCGCCAGUACAACUCUCUGAACAAAAUAGCCGACAACCAUUACAGAAAUAAGUACAAACGAACGCACAACAGCACUGCUACAGGUCUAAGCACUGAAGAGUGUAACGUGAUCCUGUCAAACGAAGUUCUCGAAUAUUUAAAGGAAGAAAAUAAAGGAUUCUUUGCCAAAAUAUUUGGUAGAGAUAAAUAAUGAUUCUAAGACACUUUCAGCGCCUCAAUAGGGCAGUUCUCGCCCGCAAACUGUCCACAGAACAAGUACAAUAUAGAGACCAUACACCAGUAAUGUUGAAUGAGUCCAUAAAACACCUGAAUCCACAAGACAAUGACCUAAUUAUUGAUAUGACAUUUGGAGCUGGUGGACAUUCAAGAAAAAUACUUGAAGCUGCUGAUUGUAGACUUAUUACUCUAGAUAGAGACCCUGUAGCAUAUGAGAAAGCUCAAAAACUAGCUGAAGAAUAUCCAAAUAGAGUAAUACCAUUACUAGGAAGAUUUAGUGAACUCCCAGCUCUUUUGAAAGCCAGAGACAUUAAGCAGUGUUCAAUAGAUGGCAUACUCUUUGAUUUUGGAUGUUCAUCAAUGCAAUUGGAUGUAGGGGAGAGAGGCUUUUCCAUCAGUAAAAAUGGUUACCUAGAUAUGAGAAUGGAUGCUGGCAGAGACCCAAAUCAAAUAACUGCAAGAGAAGUGCUAGCAACUGCAAAUGAACAUGAGCUGUACAAAAUAUUUAAAAUAUAUGGUGAAGAAAAACAAGCAGCAAAAAUAGCUCAGACAAUAAUACAAGCUAGGUACAUGAUUAAAAAUAUUGAGACUACAGAAGAAUUAGUUGAACUUGUAAACUCCUGUUGCCCAGAUGAAAAAAGGCUGGACAAACUACAGAGGCCACAGUCGAAUGCUACAAAAGUGUUCCAAGCUCUACGUAUAUUUGUGAACAAUGAACUCAAUGAACUGAAUUAUGGAAUGUUGUUAGCUAAAUAUUAUUUGAAAAUCAAUGGGAAGUUGGUCACAAUAUGCUUUCACUCAUUGGAAGAUACCAUAGUUAAGCGACAUAUAGCAGGAAACAUAAUAAAUGAAAUGGCAAAUCCAGUUCCUUUGAAAUAUUUAAAUCCAAGUUUAGUUCAGAAUCAGGAUACAAUUAAUGAGUUUCUGAACUCUCCGUGGAAAGCUGUUAAUAAGCAUGUAGAAGUACCAAGUGAUGAAGAAGUGGAGAGGAACCCUAGGAGUCGUAGUGCUAGACUCCGAGCUGCUAUCAAAGUCAAAUGAUGUUUAUGUUAUAGUUUGAUGGGCUUUAAUCAAAAUGUAUAGAUUAGUGAAGUAGAG